AUGAAGAAGAAACUCUUAUCAAACCAAACCACACUCUCUCGCCAAGAGAGUUUCUUCCUCUCCUCUGCUUCAUCCUUCAGUAGAGCGAGAGAUUCUCCUCCGAGACCGUCGAAAAAUCCAAACUUUCAAUCAUGGGUUUUAUCGACAAACCUCCACACCAUCAACCUCCGCUCCGCUUUCUUCACCGGCCUCCGCCCAUACCCAUCUCCAAUCGCAUCAAACUUCACCAAAGUCUCCUCCUUUCCAAUCCCUAGACGCGAAUCCACCACCACAAUCAUCAGAUCCCAAGUCUCCACAAUCACCCCCGUGAAAGAGCUCCAAAAAGACGACAUCGAAUCACUCUUCUCCACCCCAACAACCCAACAAGACUCCGACCGCAAACGAGCCGGAAAGAACAACAAGUCUUCCUCCUCCUCGGGAGUCUCCUCCGGGGUGAAGCUAGAGAACAAGAAAAGCUACAAAGGCGUGACAGUCCUCAAAGACGUCUCCUGGGAAGUGAAACGAGGCGAGAAAGUAGGCCUAGUCGGCGUCAACGGCGCAGGCAAAACGACUCAGCUCCGCAUCAUCACGGGGCAAGAGGAGCCGGACUCGGGGGACGUGAUCAAGGCCAAACCCAACAUGAAAGUUGCCUUCUUGAGCCAGGAGUUCGAGGUGUCGAUGAGCAGGACGGUUAAAGAAGAGUUCAUGAGCGCUUUUCAGGAGGAGAUGGAGAUCACUGAGAGGCUGGAGAGAGUUCAGAAGGCGAUCGAAGGGUCGGUUGAUGAUUUGGAGCUGAUGGGGAGGUUGCUUGAUGAGUUUGAUCUGUUGCAGAGGAGAGCUCAGGCUGUGAGUUUGGAUAGUGUUGAUGCUAAGAUUAGUAAGCUGAUGCCGGAGUUGGGGUUUGCUCCCGAGGAUGCUGAUAGGCUUGUGGCUUCGUUUAGUGGUGGGUGGCAGAUGAGGAUGUCUCUUGGCAAGAUUCUGCUUCAGGAUCCAGACUUGCUGCUACUCGAUGAACCUACAAACCAUUUGGAUCUUGAUACCAUCGAGUGGCUUGAAGGCUACUUGCAAAAGCAAGAAGUGCCUAUGGUUAUCAUCUCACACGACAGAGCCUUCCUUGAUCAGCUGUGCACCAAAAUCGUCGAAACCGAGAUGGGUGUCUCCAGGACGUUCGAAGGUAACUACUCUCAGUACGUGAUCUCAAAGGCAGAGUGGAUCGAAACUCAGAACGCAGCUUGGGAGAAGCAGCAGAAAGAGAUCGAAUCAACCAAAGACUUGAUCGCUAGGCUUGGUGCUGGUGCAAACUCUGGCCGUGCUUCUACUGCAGAAAAGAAACUAGAGAAGCUGCAAGAACAGGAGCUAAUAGAGAAGCCUUUCCAGAGGAAGCAGAUGAAAAUUAGGUUUCCAGAGCGUGGAACGAGUGGGAGAUCUGUAGUCACUGUUAAAAACGUUGAUUUUGGUUUUGAGGAUAAGAUGCUAUUCAAGAAGGCGAAUCUAGCUAUAGAAAGAGGAGAAAAGAUUGCUAUUAUUGGCCCCAACGGCUGCGGGAAAAGCACGUUGCUGAAGCUUAUAAUGGGAUUAGAGAAGCCAACGAAAGGUGAAGUUAUUCUAGGAGAGCACAAUGUAUUACCAAACUACUUUGAACAGAACCAGGCUGAGGUUCUUGAUUUGGAUAAAACAGUUCUUGAAACGGUUUGUGAAGCUGCAGAAGACUGGAGAAGUGAUGAUAUAAAAGGUCUUUUGGGACGGUGCAACUUCAAAGCAGACAUGCUUGAUAGAAAAGUCUCUCUUUUGAGCGGUGGUGAGAAAGCGCGUCUUGCUUUCUGCAAAUUCAUGGUGACGCCUUCGAAUGUGCUUGUUUUGGACGAACCGACCAAUCACUUGGACAUUCCUUCAAAGGAGAUGCUUGAGGAAGCGAUAAACGAGUACCAAGGUACAGUCAUUGCAGUCUCACACGACCGAUACUUCAUCAAACAGAUUGUUAACAGAGUCAUAGAAGUUGAAGAUGGUUGUUUGGAAGAUUACGCUGGCGACUACAAUUAUUAUUUGGAGAAGAACCUGGAAGCUAGAGCAAAGGCGGUAGAGAGAGAAGCAGAGCUAGAAGAGAAAGCACCAAAAGUGAAGGCCAAGUCAAAGAUGUCAAAAGCAGAGAAAGAAGCGAGGAAGAAGCAGAAGAUGCAGGCGUUUCAACAGGCUAAACAGAAGUCGAAGGCCAGCAAGAAUUCAAAGAGAUGGAACUGAGUACUGUGAAAGGAGUCUUAGAGAUUUAUAAAAAGUCUUCUUAGAGUUGCAACGUCUUUAUCGUGGAAUCAGUUUGUAUAGAUAUACUUUUUCAGUUAAGGUUACUAUUAAGAAACUUAACUGUCUUAGAAAUUGGAUUAGAGGCUGGUGAACGUGUACUUCAGAUUCAAUACUAGUAGUUAGCUGGACACA